AUGGAUUCCAUCGUGCCGGAAGAUGUUUCCAAGAAGGACGAGCCUUUCCUGAUCACAGAGAACAUGUGGCCCCGGGGUUGUGUCCUUGACUGCCAGAGGGGGCGCCACAGAGCGGUGUGCGGCAGCAACGGCAGGCUGUACAAAUCCCUGUGCGCCUUCCAGAGGGCGCAAUGCAUCAACACACACCUCCGCACCGCCCCACGGGCCCACUGCACCGAUUCCGGUCAGUCCAAGUGCCAGCUGGCCCGGUCUCAGGCCAUCGCGGCCGGCGCCCACACCAGUAGCACCGGCGGCGGCAGCUAUGUCAGCCCGGCGGUGGCCAUCUUUGUGCCAGAGUGCGGCCCGGAUGGCCACUUCCUGCAGGUGCAGUGCCACAACCAGACAGGUUACUGCUGGUGCUCGACGCCCGACGGCAAACCUAUCAGUGGGACCUCUGUGCUCCAUGUGGCCCCUAACUGCACAGACCACGCCGCCCAGACCGUCCACGCCCCGGAAGUAGUUUCAGAUUCCCACGACGAUGAGACGGGUGUACCCAGACCGUCUCCUGAUCCCAGCAGAAAAGCAGCAGAGCUGACUGCUCCUCCUUUCUGGGUGACCAUACUGUUGAACUCUGACCCCAAAGGAAACCGCUCUGUCAGACGACCCACCGACAGCCCACAGACAUGCGAGCGUGAGCGUGCAUCGCUGCCCUCUCCGUCACGCUCCGCCCGGCAGGAGGAGCGUUUCGUCCCAGAAUGCACCGCGGAUGGCCGCUACAGCCCGGUGCAGUGUCACGUCGCCACAGGAUACUGCUGGUGUGUCCGGGUCGACACCGGCAGGCCGCUACCGGGAACCUCCGCCAGGAAUCGACUCCCAGAAUGCAGUGGGGCAGAGGAGGUGCAGACGGACACGAGACAGAGAGAUAGACCCCUACCUGGGUGUCCAGGGGCCCAAAAAAAGGAGUUUCUGCAGAGUCUGGUGCGAGCCCUGCAGGCUGAAGCGGAGCAUGCUGGGAAACUGAAUCCUCCCCGGGCAUUGAGCUCAACUCCUCCCGACUCUCCCUCUCCAUCCCCAAACCCUCCGACCUCCCGCCCUCAUCCUCCCCCUUCUCCGUCCUCCUCGCCUCUCUUGGGUUCUGCUUCUCCCGCUGCACGAGCCGUCUUGGAGUCCUCCAGACCAGAAGUGGCGCUGCGGUGGCAUUUCAGCCGGCUGGACGUGGACUCCAGCGGGGUGCUGAGCGAGCGCGAGGCCAGGCCGCUGCGUCGGUACCUGCGCCGCAGGCUGAAGCCGCGGAGGUGUGCCAAGAAGUUCUCCCAGUACUGCGACAAGGACGGUGACCGAGGCUUGACCCUGGAGGAGCUCCGAGUCUGUCUGGGUCUUUGACGGCCGGGGCUACAGAGAGCACCAGGGGAACUGGGUUGAUGCCGCAGGAUCCGCUCAUCUCCUGUCCUACAGCGUUGGCGUCACCUUCCCUUCAUCCCCAUCUUGUUCACCACCACCUCCUCCUUUCCUUAUUGCACCCACCUUUUUUCCUCAAUACCCAUUUGCUGCAUUCGUCCCAUCCUU